UUCCUGCAUAUAGGCGCCCAACAUUCUUUGCGACCCGUUUUUAAAAACUGCGAGUUUUGUUGGGAGUGAUUUGUUGAUCAGCGCUCGAAAUUCGUCUGAGAAGGCCGAGAUAGUCAAGAAUUGAAGCUAGAAAGAUUUUACUUUGUCACCCAUUUUGAAUUGAUUUCAAUUGUCUCACGGAGUCAAUGGCUUCACAAGUUGGUAGCCUGAUUAAAGAUCAGAAUUUGAACGUUCACUACAAUGCAUCUGCUGGUGGGAAGACCAAUGUCUCUAAAGCACUAAAGAAAGGGGGGCUUGGUGGAAGGAAGCCACUUGGUGACUUGUCAAAUUCAGUGCAGCCUACUCCAAAUCAGUCCUUAAAGAAGCAUAAUUCCAACAUCUUCUCUUUCACUGAGAAAGAAAUCGGUGCCUCGAAAAUUACAUAUGAUGGAAGCAAAAAGAAGAGUAUUUCCAAAGCUUCUGAGAAACCACAGGCUAGCAUCAGGAAAGCACUUUCUGACAUUUCAAAUUCAGGGAAGCCCCAUCUGCGUGAGGCCUCUAAGAAGAAUCUGAAUGCGAAACUGAGCGUUCUGGAGGAGGAACAUCUCAGUGCUGUGGCAGAGGAAGGUUUUCUACACAACCAUCAAGAAUGCAUCAAAGCACGGAACAAAGCUAUGGACAUAGAUGAGUUGCUGACAACAGUUGGACUAAAUAAUGGUUUUUCCAAGCAGUCAGUGUUUACAUGGUUGGCAUCUCCAGCAUUGGAUGAUUAUAAGUUUCAGCCUUCAAGUCCUCCAAGGUGCCAAGAAUUGGAAGAGCUGGCAGAACAUGGAUUUGGAGAUGCUCAAUCACCUCAGAAACAUGAAGAGUUCGAUGAUCUUGACUCUCCAACAUCACCAAAUCACUGUAUGCAGUGGGAUGAAGUCAACUUUAUGUUGAUAAAGACACCAUAGUUGCCAAACCAUCGACUUUCCUAGUAUUAAUGUUCAUUCUAGUGCAUAGAGAGUAUGUUGAGAACUAUGUUCAAUUAACGUUUGGGUUAGAAUGAGAUUUUGAACUUGUCUUGGGCGUUUGUAAGGUUAACUUCAUUUCUGCAUACGUGCUAGUAGGCAAUAUUAUGCAGUAAAUACGUUCUAGUUAUCCUUGCCUAAGCUAGUAGGCAAUAUUAUGCAGUACAUACAUGCUUGUGGUUGUGCAAGUUCUCUGCUUGUUAUGAACUGAAGUUUUUCUUGUAA